AGUCCAGCCCUUGACAGGGAGAUCAAGGCUUGGCUUCGCUCGGUUGUGCGAGUUUCGCCACAUCCCUGCUGCGACGCUCGCAUGCUGCCGAUCCGUCGUCAAUUCGCAAUCGGAGCAGUGAGCCCAGCCCGGCAGUGGCUGCUCGCUGCAGCCCAGCUCACCCAACUCAACCCAACGCCCCCAUCACUCCCUCAGUCGCCCCGCAUGAAAAGCGGAGCACUGGCGUGAGAAGCUCACUGUCGAGCAGGGAGAUGAGAAUUGUAGGGCUGGGUGGGGCAGUAAAAUCUUGAUUGAGACACAUCGUCAGCCGUGGCGGUGUGAGGAGGGAAACGCAUCGGUUUUGGUCGGUCACUGAGAUCUCGAGUGGCGUCGCUGCUCUAGGAGCGAGUGCUUUCGUCACGCACGGCUCUCCUCGUCGCGCCGCGUCGUUCUUCUUAGGGCUGCAUUACGACCCCUGCGACAGAAGGCGGCGACGAUGGCGAUGGACAGGUCGCUGUCGGCGGUGUCGCACAGCUCGAUGCUGCUGCUGUCACUCGUGCUCCUCGGCACGUGCCUGUGGGCUAUGCUCAGCACGCCCGUGAGCCACUGUCUCAUGGCGUACCAGUUACCGCUAGUGAUAAUCGCGGCGGUGCUGCUGCUCGCCGCCAUCGUUGGGCUGCUGUCGCUCGCGUGCGACCACGGCGGGCUGGGCUGCCUGCACCUCUCGCUCGCGCUCGCCGCCAUCCUCGCGCUCGUCGGCUACACCAUCUUCUUGUUCGUGGUGACGGGGGGCGGCGCGGCGGAGAAGAGCCGCGGGCAGACGGUGUACGCGCCGGCGACGUUCUCCUCGUGGAUGCAGAACCAGGUGUACAACGACGCCACGUGGACCACGCUGCAGACGUGUCUCAAGGACAUCCACACGUGCAGCGACCUGCGGGACUAUGCGCCCGCGCAGCUGCAGGGGAAGCAACUGUCCCCCGUUGAGGCGGGGUGCUGCCUGCCCCCCGAGAACUGCUUCGUGAACUCCUCGCUACCCACCUACUUCUCCUUCGCCUUCGACCUCCCCACCACCAACGCCCCUCCCAUCACCGAAAACCCCCCCGCCGCCGCUCCCGGGCGCGACCCCCGCAACUGCAGCGCGUUCAGCCUGGAGUCGAGCCAGCUGUGCUACAGCUGCGAGUACUGCAAGGGCGGCGUGAUACAGCAGCUCAAGUCCGACUUCCUCACCGAGGCGUACUUCAGUGUGGGCGUGGCCAGUACCAUGCUGGUGGUGGCGUUUAUCAUGUGCUGCACGCAGUGCGGCCGGGGCAAGAGGGAUGAUGACAAGAGGCGGCUGCUGGACGACAGGAGCAGCAUCAGCAUGAGCCGCACCGCCAGCUUUCAGGGGCCCCACCUCAACCGCGUCAACACGUACCAGAGCCAAGGCGGGCCCCAGUUUAACCGCGUUAACACAUACCAGAGCCAGGGCGGGCCGGAAUUCAAUCGGGUGAAUACUUACCAGAGCUCUGGCGGGGAUCCGGAGUUCCAGAGGGCCAACACUUACCAAAGCGGCAGGGAUGGGUCGCAGUUCACCCGCCCCAUGUCGGGGCAGGGGCCCAGGCGCCCGAUGAAUCAGCAUCAGGGGUACGGGAGGAUCGGAGAAAUGCCAUCACCCCGAGACAGUGAUUACGGGAUGGACGAACCGGAUCUUUCGAGAAACAAGACCUGGAGUGGCAGCAACCCGCCUCCCAUGGAGGCAAGGACGCCGCGGGGAGGUGGGGGGAGAGGGAGAGGGAGGGGCCGUGGGAGGGGGCGGGCGGGUAGGGGAAGGGGAGGGAGGACACCUGAGCAAGGGGAAGGGCAUGUGCGAAGCGAGACCUGGGGAUCGGAGGGCGGCGGGAGGAGUGUGGGUCCAGAUGAGUACAUGGAAACGCCGCCACGCUCCCAGGAGAGACCGCAAAGCUCUCCAAGACCAGUGGCACCUCCACAGGGGGCACCUCCACCCAUGGCACCUGAACCAGUGGCACAUCAACACGAGGAUGAAGAUGUGGAGGCACAAGCAGGCACUAACAUAGAUCUGUACGACUAGUCACUUGUGGAUUGGUUGUUUGUUGGGCGGGGCUUAAUGCGUUUGGGAGUAGAUAACACGGGAUUUCUCAUAUGGUAAAUCAGACGAUCAUGCUUCGUUUUGCUCUUGUAUA